CGCAUACGGCCCCAGUGGCCCCUACCUAUUGAGGUGUGGGUGGGGCUGAGCGGGAACUAAGGCCGCCCGUGACGUGCAUGGAUUAUUACUUGCGGGGUGGUGUCUGCACCUCGCACCCCUCACGUUGAGAGCUAGAAAAAAAAUAAAAAUAAAAAAAUAAACAUAAAACCUAUGAACACAAACGGCACCCCCCUGCGACGAUUCACCCCGUUCGCCAACCUCCCCAAGGAGAUCCGCCUCCUCAUCUGGGAGGAGUGCAUGCUCGCGGUGCCGCCGCGGGUCCUGGACCUCUCAACAGUGAUGGACGAGGACUCGGACGAGGACGGGAUCCGGUUCACCAUCGAGCCGCCGCUACUCUCGCGGGCGUGCGGCGAGUCCCGGGCGGUGGCGCUGCGCGACGGGCGCAGCUUCUUGCUGACGCACCGGUACCCCGCGGAGCGGGGCGGCCGGUCCACGGCCUCGGUGCGGACCUGGUUCAGCGGGCGGCGCGACCUACUCGAGCUCGCCGGCGAGAGGGGUUACAGCCCCCGGCGCGUGUGGGUGUUUGACGCCGAGAUGAUGGGCCUGCUGGCCUGCGCGAGCCACGUCAUGCUCCACCCGGGCGCGGGCCCCGAGCUGAUCGCCAUGGUUGUCAGGCCGGGCGUGUGCCCGCGCAUCAGGAACAUCGACGUCAUGUUGGAGAGGUUCGAGGUCGCCGAUGCGGAGGCCAUGACCCCCGCGGAGGUGUUUGAGUUCUUUGGGGACGACCAGCUGGUCCUGCUCGACAUGGAGGACAUCAUACGCGCGCGCGAGGUCCUCGAGAGGCAGCCGGCAUGGCGGCACUCGCCUUACUGGGUCAAGACGUGGUACGACUUCUCGCAGCUCGACUCGGAGGCGGUGGGGGUGAAAAUCAGGCAGGCCAGGAAACGCGUCAUCGAUGCGUGGCUCAGGGCGAGGUUGCCCGACCUAUCGUCGGUGGACGAGCUCGACGACCAAGCGGCAGCACUCGCGAUAGGAAGGGCGAGGAGCGCCGUGUUGGGACACAUGCCGACUGUAAGGGCGGUCAGGUGCUGCGAUUGGCCGUAUGUCGAUAUGGAGGUGAAAGAUGUUGUGUGCACUUGGAGAGAUGACGCGGCACUGAAGACGGCAUUGGAAUCUUUUGUGCACAGCCUCGAGACUAUAUAGGUAGUUUGAAGACUCUGGUCGGGGCCGGGCUGGUGAUAUAAUUAGUUCAUGUGCAGCAUAGAUGCACCUCACUGCCAAGUGAGGUGUGUUGGAUACGGGUGCGGGACGAAUAACGACCUUGCAUCGUCGGAUCGACUACCUAGUCGAUCUUCGUUCCACAGCUCGGAACUCGGGGCUGAAGAAAGCCAAGCACGCAUACGCGGCAUUCACAGCGCGGAGAAGUGCAGCGAUUUGUGGUCCUUGUGGCUUUGCUUCUUGGCAGUGGGCCGACAACCGCCGACGACCAGCUGGCUACCAGCCGAACCAAGUCAAAAUGCGGGUGCCAAGCAACCCUUCGCCUCCAUAUGAACUCAUCAUUACCCA